AUGUCGCAGAAAUGGAACGAAGAUAAAACCAAAUCCCCCCCGCCAUAUAAUGGCCCUUCACCACGACCGUAUCGCGAAAGCUCUCAGCGGCGUCCAGGAGCGGCGCCGCUGCAGUCUGAGGACCCCAAGUCCACGGUAUCCGGUGCGUUUUUUGCAGGUGCUCAUAACUUCGACAUAAACGGUGGAGCAUUCCAAAACGCUUCCGGGGACAUAAAUCACACAGUCAACAAUGAUCAUUCGCAAAAGAGCGACUUCAACAACAAUUAUAGUGGCUCAACCAACUAUAAUGGAAAUGCGAUGCAUAAUGAUUAUAAGGGGUCCACUAAUUAUAGCGGAUCAGCUACACACAAUGAUCAUAAGGGAGCAACUAACAACACCACAUUCGACGAACGAAGUAGUAUCGUUCUAGUUUCAAGGUUUUACUAUUUAUCUGAUUUUUUCUCUUUCCAUAUCUUAGUCUACAACUACAGCGGACGACGAAAUUAUCCGCCAGAGCCAAUCUAUCCUCAAUCCAACCCUCGAUCAAGCUAUCCUGAGCCAGCGUAUGGACCAUAUAAUCGGGAGGGCUACUACAAUAACAACACAGGUUACAAACCUAAACGUGCGUCGAGUCAGCAUGAAUUGGACUACAGGGAUGGGUUUAAAGACGGUCGAGGAGAUCCCGAGGACACAGAUAGCUUGAAGCACCAAGAACCAGCGGAAGAGAGUGUAGAGUUCGAAGCUUCGGAAGAGUUGGAAGAGCCAGGGGUGGCGCAAUUGCGUCAGUGUGUUGAAACCUUCUUGGCUGGACCUAAAAUGAAAGCCAUGCCUGACUUGGCGGACACGCUUGUAAAAGCAGGGUGGGAUCGGGAGGCAUUGGCGCACUCUGAAUGGGGUGACAUCAAGGAUUCCUACAAGGGUUCCGGAUGGAUUGCUCCUAUGUUCGUGAAAUUGCGGAAAAUCUGUAAAGAAUGGAACGCGUGA